AUGACUGCCAGAGUCACACCCAUUAUUAAGGUUCCUACCGAUACCAUCACCUUGCCAAUCGUCGCUCUCCGGCUUCACAAGCCAGACGAAGCGUUCAGAUCCGCUGUAUCGCCCGCUGAAGCAGUAGCCGUGUAUUUCUUAAGUGCGGCAGCUUGGAUGGAAUUUAGACCAGCAGUGACGGGACGAUCGUAUGACCCGCCUGAAUCCACCACAAGGAGUGAGAUACAGGAUGCCAUCCUCGAGGUUUAG